AUGAGAAGUAUUAAGUCGGUUGUUAUUGGAGACGGGGGAGUGGGAAAAACAUGUCUCUUAAUCUCGUACACAACUAAUACGUUUCCAAACGACUAUAUUCCUACGGUGUUUGAUAAUUACUCCGCAACAGCGAUGUUUAACGGAGAGCCGAUUAAAUUGGGAUUAUGGGAUACUGCUGGACAGGCCGAAUACGACAGAUUAAGACCGUUGAGCUAUCCGCAAACAGAGAUAUUUUUGUGCUGUUUUUCCAUAGUGAGUCCUGAGUCGCUUGAGAAUGUUAAAGCAAAAUGGAUACCCGAAAUACUUCAUCAUUCUCCAAAGGACAUAUUAGUGUUAUUGGUAGGUACGAAAGCGGACUUGCGUGAUGACUUGCUGGUGUUGGAUAAAUUGGACGAUGGGAACCAAAAGCCUACUACGGCUGCUCAAGGGGAAAGAUUAGCUAAGGAAUUAGGAUUAGUUGGCUAUAAGGAGUGUUCUGCUGCCACACAGAUGGGAGUGAAGGAGGUGUUUGAUUUUGCCAUCAAAUCUGUCGUAUCACCCCCAGAAGGGAACCAGGGUCGCAAUGGAGGCACAAAUAAUGCAGCAACAAAUAUGCGUAAUUCACAGGCCCGAAAAGUUAAAAAGGCUAAAAAGUGUACAAUUUUAUGA